AGUUACACUUUACCGGAAGACCAAGACAGACAGGUCUGGAGAAAGACCUUCAAAUUUUUGAAGACCUUUUCAAAUUUUUCAGCCUUUAUUUUGAACCCAUCUACGCGAAGAAGAAGAAAUCAUCAACAAGAUAAAAAGAAUACUGUAUUCCUCUUUUAAGAUUUUCUUCUGACCACACAACAGGAUGGAGGAACCGGAAGUAUCUACAGCAUCAUGUACCAAUUCAAUACGGCACCAACAUAAGACACUGGUCUCCGGUGAUGACCAGGACAAUGCCUGGGAUGCCGGUCCGGAGUGUUCAAUCUGCUUUUGCACAUACGACAACACAUUCAAGACACCGAAGCUUCUCGAAUGUACCCAUACCUUCUGUCUGGAAUGUCUGUCUCGCUUUGUGACUAUUUCACCAGAGCAGGAGGGUACCCAGAUCACCUGCCCUCUUUGUCGGCAGCCAACAUCCGUGCCUGAGCACGGUCCUCCAGAUCUGGCCACCAGCCAGGAAGUUUUGGGCCAACUUCCAAGCGACCAGCAACAAGUGGAGAAUGUUUUUCUAGAUGGAAAGAGGCUGUGCUACUCAAACCCUAUGAUACCCAACUGUGUCUGCAUUGACAUCGGGGAGCAUAAACCAGAGGAGACGCCAAGAAUAGAGGAGAGAAGAGAGGGCAGUGGACACAGGCUGCUGCGAUUCUUGGGUUUUUAUGGAAACUGGAAGAGGCUUGUGGUCUUCAUCAUAGUGCUUCUUGUGGUCUUAUUCGUUAUAUUGUGGCCCCUCCAGUGCUUUAUCAUCUCAAGCUCCAUGUCACAAUGCUUCGGACGAUCACCAGCUAUACUCAAUUCUCCCAGACCUACAGUCGGUACCUAA